AUGUUGUUAAAUUGCCUAACUUUUCUGCUAUUUAUUUCGGUUAUUCAGGCAACCGGUGAGUUCACAGUACUGAACAACCCCAAAUCGAUUGAAUUUAAAGGCGAGGAUGAGCUCGAGAGCUUUUAUGUUGGCGAUGUACUGCUAGCAUCUCUUGGCAAUGCUGUCACUGGCAACAGCAAAUGGUCCGGCCUAUUUAUCAAGGAUCCCUUCACGCUGUCCAAUACUUCGGUGAUUGUUGUUCAUAUACAAGGUGUUUAUCGUGUGCCAACAGUGGAAAGAGUUAUGGCUUACGAACUGCUUGAUUCGGAUGCAGGGAAAUCGCUUGAUAGUCUCGCCGCCCAGCUCAGCCCAGCUUCUGUAGCCGAUUUUGACUUUAAUAAUCACUCCAAAGGUGUGAUAGCGUUUGAGUCCUACUUUGGAAAUAUCGAUGUGUCCAUGGCCAUGCCAUUAAAGUACUUCAAACCCAUCGAGUACUUGAGCCACCAGCAUUUCCUUGAGGAAAUCGGCUACAUGAAUGCACUCGCGGAUAACUUAACCAGUCUGCUGAGGUCGUCGCAGGUGAUUAUCUUUCGCCUCUCACUGGACCGUAUUACCAAGGUAACAAAAUAUGGUAUCCUCCAUGAGGCCAAGCAAAUCAUCACUGGUGCCGUUGGAUAUUUGCUAUCUGCCGCAAAAAACUGUACCGACUCCUUGCUCUUUGUGCAAGCAACCGAUAAGCGUGUUGCAUCAAUGCGCAGUAGAUCGUCCGAAACGUCAAAUCCAUUCGAACAAUUCAAUGACUCUGGAUACCCCGUUGUAUGCAACAUUAUUGUAUGGCUUAGUCUGGCACUUUUCAUAUCGCUGGCAGUGAUAUGUUAUGUGUUGGCCACCAUCGAUCCCGGCAAAGAUUCUGUCAUCUAUCGCAUCAGCGCCACACAUGCACACAUGAGUAAGAAGAAGCGCUAA